UAAACCACUUAUUUAAAAGAUGUAUAUUUACUUGUAUAUCAGUAUUUCAAAAAUUCAUAUUUUUCGAUGAAAAACGCAUACCAAUUGCCCUGAUCUUUGAGUUUCUUUGUAUUGCAACAUGGCAGUAGGAAAAGAAAAAUGCUUGGAGAUUUUAAAAGCAAACUUGUUGGUACUGUUGACCUUAGUGGGUGCUGCAGUGGGAUUUAUUAUAGGUGUGGUUGUUCGGAAUACAAACCCAACGGACAGCACACUCAUGUGGGUUGGUAUCCUUGGAGAAAUUUAUCUAAACAUGCUGAAAAUGAUGAUAGUUCCUCUGAUAGUGGCUUCAGUAAUUACAGGAACAUCUACCCUAGACCCUAAAUCAAAUGGGAAAAUUAGCUUAGUUAGUUUGGGUUAUAUUUUGAGUACAAACUUCCUUGGAUGCUUAGUUGGCAGUAUACUUUGUGUGAUCAUUCGACCAGGUGAAAUAGCUAAAACAGAAGUUAAAGCAUUAAACUCUGUUCCUUUAGAAACGGAGGACAUUUUCGCUGAUUUACUGAGAAACAUUUUCCCCGACAAUUUGAUAUCUGCAACUUUUCGCAAGACAAUUACGAGCUACGAUACGGAGAAGUACAAAGCAAAUGUGACUAUAAAUGGGACGAUCGUAGAAGUCAUAGAAACUAUGGUGACUGGAAAGAAUCUAUCAAUUGCUAAUAGCACAAAUAUUCUAGGUAUUUUGAUAGCUAGUGCCGUAUUUGGCAUUGCCACUGCGUCUACAAAAGAAAUUGGACAACCUUUCUUCAAGUUCUUCUACGCAGCUACUGAAAUUAUAUUAGUAAUAUUAGGAAAACUAAUUUGGUUUACUCCAAUUGGUGUGGCGAGUCUGAUUGGUAAAACUAUUGGAAGAACUAAGAACUUGGAGGAUGAUUUCAGUAGACUUGGUUUAUACAUAGCAACUCAAAUGAUUGGUUAUUUACUCUUCAUGAUAGUAGCAGUUCCAUUAACAUACUUUAUACUGAUGAGAAUGAAUCCGUUUAGAUUUCUUUUCACUCUGAUUCAUGCUUUUAUAAUAGUGUUUGCUACUACUAGCACUGCCAUUGCUAUUCCUGAAAGUAUACGGCAAUUAGAAGGACCAAAUAAAUUAGACCGCAGAGUGACUCGAUUUGUUAUUCCAUUAUGUGCUGCUAUUGAACGUUGUGGAAGCUGUAUUUACAUAAGUAUAUCCUGUUUGUUUGUCAUGCAAAUCACUGAGCAGGAAGUGGACGCUGCUUCUGUCGUUUUAGUAAUCAUUUUAACGACAUUUUCGUCGUUGGCCAUACCAUCUGUGACAGGGGCUAGCUUGAUUACUGUCAUCAUCCUACUCACUGCCUUAAAUAUUCCCCCUGAAGCGGCGGCACUUCUGUAUUCUUUCGAGUGGUUUCUAGAUAGGAUGAGGUCAAUUACAAACUACAGCGUGCAAGUGACAUGUGUAGUGUUUACUCAGAGGAUGUGUUUGUCUUCAUUAAAGACUGAUAACAAAGAUGUUGAAACAUUGAAUGUAUUGAUUGAAAAAGAAAAUGAAAUUCCAAUAGCUGAGAUGGUUGACGACGAUAAAUACUUAUCAGAGGAAACAUUCAAUCAACGCCUUUAAAAGACUUAUCAAACUCAUAUGUUUAUAUAUCAAUUCUACAUACAACUAUUACAAUUUUUGGUAUUUUAAUGUAUCCAGUGUAUUUGUCAAAAAAACUUUAUUGUAUUUUUUUUUUCAAUUGAAAAAGUAAUGCCUUAAAAUAUUAUACCAAAUAUAUGUUCUGUUCAAUAAUAGACCACAUUUUAUAACCAUAAAUAUAAUAUAUUACAUACAUAUUGUAUGUUUUACGAUAUAAUGUUAAAGGUUGUAAAACUGAUAGAACAUUAUGCUUUACAUUUGUAUUGCAUAUGUAUUGUAUAAUAUAUAUGUUGUGUCAUAUGUACUAUUGUUUGUCUGUUUGUCUUAUUCAUUUUUAGCCAUUGCGUUGUCAGUUUAUUUUCAAUUUAUGAGUUUGACUGUCCCUCUGGUACCUUUCGUCCAUCUUUUAGAUA